UCGGUAAGAGUCCACAUCGACCCCUCCUCCUUCUUCUUCUUCUUCCUCUUCCUCCUCCUGAGCGCCAGUGCCUGCUCCAGCUGCGUUCAGGACUCGCGAGAUGAGGCUGGACGCGGCGCUGCAGAAGGGCAUGGUGGUGAUCGUGGCGGCGGUGGUCGUCGUCGGGGUCUGCACCUUCUCCCUGGAGAAGAUGCUCGCCACUUACGCCGUCGGGAUUGUGGGGAUCGCCGGGAUCCUCUUGCCGGACUGGGAGUUCUUCCAUCAGGACUUCCCGCAGUGGUUCGCGUUCAUGCGUGCUCGUAGAGCUACCGCCGUCGCCGCUGCCGCCGGUCGCUCUCCCGCAAGCUGGAGGUUUAGUUCUUAUUUCGAUUGUAUCGUCUGAGCUCCGCACUAAUCACCCUCAUCUAUGCCUUUGGUCUCUUCCGGUGGUGGAUGUUCGUCUCAAGCUAGACUGAGUUGUUUUCGGCUUGUCUGUCUCACUACUAAACUCACUUUUAGCUCAUAUCAUUUGUAUUUUUUUUUCUUUUUGCACUUUUCGUCGAUGCAUCUUUUAUGUUUACGAUAUUCUGUAACCACUUACUUAUCAAGGAGGCACAAUCAUCUCAAUUAUGUUCUCCCCUCUUAAAAGAAAAUUAUUCUAUUUUGAAUGAG